CUCCUCUUUGUCUCUGAGGUCAACUUCCGGGAGUGCAUGGUUUCAUGGAGUGCACACAUGAGCCACAGGACUCCAGCUGGCUCCAAUAAUUACCUGGUUAGGCUGAACCAAGAGUGCAGGAGCAGAGAGGGGAGGGGGUAGAGGGUUUGUGUUGAGUUUGGCUUUUGUUUGGUCUCUCUUCAGUUUAUUAUGUGUUUUGUUUAACCUGUAUUAGUCAGCAUUUAUUUGUAUUGUGUGUAUGUAAGUAUUAGUGGGAUUAAUUUGUACAUGUAUUGUAUAUAGUUAUGGUAAUGGGGUUUUGGGGAACCUUUCUAUGUAAUGGUACAGGCCAGGGGUAGAUAUGCCAGGUGAGGAAGGCAGUUUGGGUGUCAGAGAGAGGGGGUCAGGUUGGGGGGCAUGUCUGCUGCCAGAACUGCUGUUGAGCCUCCUGCCUGGUUUCAUCCUGUUUGUAAGGGAUUACCACCUACAAAACCUUACAUUUGGUGUCAGAAGUGGGAUGAGUCGCAGCCAGAUUGAAGGGGAGCAGCUUUGAGAGCAACAGCAUGGGACCUAAAUCACAAAACAAAGCCCAAAAGACGGACGUUGUAGAAGACGACCCAGAAGAGGGUGCUGCAGGGGGACAGCCUGUGACCAUACCUCCUUUGCCUGUGGAGAUGGAUACAAUCACAAGCAUGUUGCAGCGAUGUCUUGAGUUUCAACAUGACCUGAGUGAAAGGUGGGACAAAGAAUCCGGGAAACAGGACAUGAGGUGGCGCCAAAUGCAAGUUCAACUGAAUAACCUCAGAGAUGAUCUGGAGCAGCAGCAGCAAGGAGGUGGAAGUCAGCCCCAGCGGAAUUCAUCACUACAGCAGGAGGAGGGGCAUGCUUCCCAGCCCAGUGCCCGGACCGAGUUUGCUGGUAGGGGCUGGGGGCAGGCGGUAGUCCCCAGACUGGAGGAAGGUGAUGACAUUGAGCAGUAUCUGACCACAUUUGAGCGCCUGGCAGUGGCAUAUCAGUGGCCAGAGGUCGAGUGGGCGGUGAGGCUGAUUCCACACCUGACAGGGAAGGCACGGGCAGCAUAUGUGGCCAUGGCGGCAGAGGAAUCAUCUGACUACAAGAAGGUAAAAGAAGCCAUCCUUGCAAAGUAUGAAAUCAACGAGGAGGUCUAUCGGCAGAGGUUCAGGGAGCCGGAUAUCCACCCUAAUGAGAGCCCUAAAGAAUUCUACAAUCGACUUAAAGACUUGUAUGACAAGUGGAUUCAACCGGCGAAGAGGACCAAGGAGCAGAUUGGGGAGAUCCUCAUUCUGGAGCAGUUCUACCGCUCCCUCUCCCCAGAGCUCAGAGUGUGGGUGAAGGAAAAGGGAUCCAGAGUCAGCACGGAAUGCAGCUGA